AUGAAGUUCCAGUACGCAGUCGGUCUCGUCCCCUUCGUCUCGUCGGCGUUGGCCAACCCCGUCUCCCGAGCGGCCACGAGCACUUCCGCCGUCCUCGAGCCCGAGCACACCUCGGAUCCGGAGCCGGUGUACAGCUGGUCCGACGGAUGGGAGACCAAGUUCCCCAUCCACCGCAGCUGCAACAGCACCCUGCGCGCCCAGCUCGAGGAGGCCCUCGAUGAGACGGUCCAGCUCGCCCAGCAUGCGCGCGACCACAUCCUCCGCUUCGGCAACUCGUCCGACCUCGUCCAGAAGUAUUUCGGCAACGGCACCACCUCCAUCCCCGUCGGCUGGUAUGACCGUGUCGUCGCCGCCGACAAGUCGGACAUGCUGUUCCGCUGCGACGACCCCGACCGCAACUGCGAGACUCAGGAUGCUUGGGCCGGCCACCAUCGCGGAGAGAAUGCGACGGCCGAGACCGUCAUCUGCGACCUCUCGUUCGAGAUCCGCCGCCCCCUGUCCAGCGUCUGCAACCUGGGCUACACCGUCGCCGAGUCGGCCCUGAACACCUACUGGGCCACCGACCUGCUGCACCGCGUCUUCCACGUGCCCAUCAUCAGCGAGGACAAGGUCAGCCACUACACCGAGGACUACGCCGAGGUCAUCUCGCUCGCCAAGGAGGACCCCGACAAGAGCGGCUAUGACUCCGAUACCCUCCAGUACUUUGCCAUCGAGGCCUGGGCCUACGACAUCGCCGCCCCCGGGGUCGGGUGCCCUGGAAAGCUCGCCGACAGCGACGAGGAAGAGAAGCCCACUGCUACGUCUACCAGCAAGCCCACUGCUACCUCCACCGCCAAGACUGAGUGCCACACCCACGAUGACGGAACCGAGCACUGCACCUAA